AUGGAUGAUUUCCUCCCAGAGUAUUGGUACAAAACAAAGGAGGAAGAUCAUGAAACUGACAGACUGUACAUGAAAGAAGAAUCCCUGGACAUGACAAGGGAAACAGAGUCUUCUCUAAUGGAAUACAAUGGAGAUGUGGCCCCAAUAGGUGAACACCAGACAGCUCAUACUAGCACAGACCAACACCAGUGUACCACAUGUGAAAAGAGCUUUAAAACAAAACACGACUUAUCGAAGCACCGGAGAACCCAUGUACCGGGAAAUACAUGGGAAUAUGCCACAUGUGGAAAAGGAUUUGCACAGAAUGGUUCCCUCAUCAGGCACCAGAGAACCCAUACUGGAGAAAAGCCCUAUCUGUGCACUACAUGUGGAAAGGGCUUUGCAGUGAAAUGUAACCUCAUCACCCAUCAGAGAACCCAUACUGGAGACAAACCAUAUCAGUGUGCCACAUGUGGAGCAGCCUUUUCACAACGCAGCACUUUAGUUCACCACCAGAGAAUCCAUACUGGAGACAAACCAUAUCAUUGUGCCACAUGUGGAGCAGCCUUUUCACAACGCAGCACUUUAGUUCACCACCAGAAAACCCAUACUAGAGAAAGGCCUUUUCAGUGUGCUACAUGUGGGAAAUGCUUUGCAAAGAAAGCUAACCUCAACAGUCAUCAGAUAACCCAUACUGGAGAAAAGCCCUAUCUGUGCACUACAUGUGGAAAAGGCUUUGCAGUGAAAUGCAGCCUCAUCACCCAUCAGAGAACCCAUACUGGAGACAAACCAUAUCAGUGUGCCACAUGCGGAGCAGCCUUUUCACGAAGCAGAUCUUUAGUUCACCACCAGAGAAUCCAUACAGGCGAAAAGCCUUACAAGUGCACCACAUGUGGAAAAGGCUUUGGACAAAAACAUGAUCUCCUAACACACCAGAGAACCCAUACUGGAGAAAGGCCUUUCCAGUGUUCCACAUGUGGAAAAAGCUUUGCAAAAAAAGGUAACCUUAUCGUCCACCAGAAAACCCAUACUGGAGAAAGGCCUUAUCAGUGUGCUACAUGUGGGAAAUGCUUUUCAAAGAAAGCUAACCUCAAUAGGCAUCAGAAAAUCCACAUUGACAACAGCAAUGCUCAACAUGCGGAGCUGCUUUUCCAAAAUUCGCCUCUUUAGCUGUUCACCAGAGAACCCAUACUGGAGAAAGGCCUUACCAGUGUGCUACAUGUGGGAAGUGCUUUUCAAAGAAAGCUAACCUCAAU